AUGGAUCUUUCUGAAAAAAACUUCACUGGCCAAGAUCCAGAUUCUCUUGGGAAGCUCUCGUUAUUGAAUUCUCUCACUGGAAUCUUGCUCGAGUCUAUGAAGAAUUGUGUAAACCUUCUGACUCUUGAUAUUAGCCACAAUUAUUUGAUUGGUGAACUUACUUCUUGGCCAUUCGAGCUUGGUUUACUGCAACUUCUAUCUUCAGAUAAUAAAUUAAGUGGGAAUGUGGAUAGUACUCUUGCUUCCUCCUUGGAUAGUUCUCAUCACAGGCCUGUAGUUUUGGAUAUCUCCAAGAAUCAACUAUAUGGUGAAAUUCCCAGUUCUAUCGGAGAUUUCAAUAGCUUGCAUUUCUUGAAUAUGUCGAAAAACUCAUUUGUAGGUAGUAUUCCUGCAAGUAUUGGACAAUUGAAACUCUUGGAUACGUUGGAUUUAAGCGAUAACAAGUUAAAUGGUAGCAUCCCUUUGGAAAUUGGUGGAGCUACAUCUCUUGAGGAAUUGUGGCUAAAGAAGAACUUGUUCGAAGGCAACAUUCCCACCGCCAGUGGCUCCAUCAGAGGGAAAGGGUGGCGGGGUAAAUAUUGUCUUUUUAUUGGAAAAAUGGAUAAAAAUGAUCUUUUGAGCAAUGAAAGGUGGAAAUAG